AUGGGCAGCGAUAUCAAGAACCGACAGAAAUUCAUCAACUAUCCAGAGCCUAGAAGAGGCCCGGAUGUCCCGUACCAGAAUAAGAGGAAGCAGAACCCUGCGCUGAGGGGGUUUAUCUUGCCCGUCGCAGCUUUCCUGAUGGAAUGGGUUCUGUUCCUGCCCCAGUACUUCUGGCGUAAUGCGGGCUUUGACUGUCUGCGCAAGAUUCGCGAAGAUAUCCAAACAUACGAGUCCAGAUUCGAUCCCACCGUGAUUCCGAUCGAGGAUCCCUUCGAUGACAGCAACGUUGAUCGCGACCAUUCCGGGAAUGGGGAGGGUCCAACCGAUCCCGCACUCUGGUCGCGGAACAGUAACCCGUCCGCCAGAUACUACUCGGUCGCGGACUAUCAUUCUCUGUAUAAAUCCGGAGAAUUGACGCCCACGGCUGUCGCUGAGGCUAUUAUCCCCUUGAUUCGCCGGGACAUUUCACCUGCGAGCGAGUACUCGACUGCCUGGUUCGAUUGCCAGGUUGAUCGAGUGCUGGUCGCAGCUGAAGCCUCCACUCGACGAUACCGGGAAAACCGCUCCUUGGGACUGUUAGAUGGUGUCCCGACUGCCGUGAAGGAUGAAUACGAUCUCGAUGGCUACAGGUCCUGCCUGGGCUCCUUGAACGAUUACACUGGCGAAGUGACUUCCGAAGGAUCCAUUACCAGUUGGUGCGCGAGGAAGAUGGAGGAAGCUGGAGCCAUCAUUCUCGGGAAGCUCUCCAUGCAUGAAUUUGGACUAGAUACAACGGGGACCAAUAUCCAUUACGGAACACCAACAAAUCCACAUAACCCCAACUACUACACCGGAGGAAGCUCGUCCGGCUGUGCCUACGCCGUAAGUGCCGGCCUGGUGCCCGUGGCAUUGGGGAGCGAUGGUGGUGGAAGCGUUCGCAUUCCGUCGUCCUUUUGCUCUAUUAUGGGUUUGAAGCCCACACACGGCCGGCUCUCGCAUCAUCCGGGAGUCAAUCAUGCAAAUACAGUCUCGGUAAAUGGGCCACUCGCUGCUGACAUACGCUCUCUGUCCGCUAUCUACCAUGUGGCAGCGAUGCCACAUUCCUCUUCUGCAUUCCCGUCUCCAUCGCCCCUUUGUCUGUCUCCUUCCCUGGGACGGCCUAAGGUGCUCGGAAUACCAAAGGCAUGGUUUGCCCAGGCGGCCCCACGCGUGCAGGAACUAUGUCAAUCACUUCUGGACCGACUUGUCUCGGUGCAUGGCUACACUCUUAUUCCCAUAGAGAUUCCGUUUCUGGUGGAAGGUCAGGCUGCGCACGCUAUCACCAUCCUCACAGACGCAGCUGCUCUCCUUCCAGAAACCAGUAGAUUCACGGCAGCGAAUCGGAUUCUCCUCGCCCUAGGAAGAGCAACACCGGCCACAGAUUAUCUGCUUGCCCAGAAGCUUCGUCAGCUCCUCAUGCGACACCUCGCAUACCUGUGGGAGAAAUAUCCCGGCAUGGUGAUCGUAACGCCCACGACCGGUUGCGCGGGGUGGCGCAUCAAAAGCAAGUCAGAGCUCAUCUAUGGAGUCAGCGAUGGAGACCAGACGCUCCGAGCGAUGGAAUACGUUUGGCUAGCCAAUUUCACGGGCAUCCCCGCCAUCACCGUACCGGCAGGGUUUGCAGAGGGGCAAAGCGCCGAGGAAGGACAAGUUCCUGUCGGGCUGAUGGCGGCAGGUGAAUGGGGCAGCGAGGAUCAAUUGUUACAAUGGGGUUUGGAUGCUGAAGAUGUAGGCAAUGAACGGUAUUCGCGGCCGCCUAUCUGGGUUGACGUUGUUGCGAGGGCAAAGGAGCAGAUGAAGAAAGCUCCGGCGGCUGAUGAACCUCGCGCCUAGUGUAACGUGAUCCACAAGCGAGUGUAAUGGAGGUAUAUCGUUGGUUGUUAUUAGCUAGAUAGGCCUACGUGGUGAAAAGGGUCAGCGAGGGCGGAACUAUACGGCAUAAUCCCACGUGAUCCAACAGAGUGACGCAGCCACCGCUUUUUUUCGCGUCUCAAUUAUUUCAAAUACUACAACUAUCCACUAU